AUAUUUCUACUUUCUACUUUUUUAACAUUCUGCACGACUCUUUCCUUUUCCGGUUAACUGGCCGUGUAAUGGCUGCGGCCUAAGAUAUAAGUCUCUUACAAAUCCGUCUAAAUCGUAAGAGAAAAAGAAGUUGAAGCAAGAUGUCUCAAGAACAGAUGACUCUGAGGGGUACCCUCCAAGGGCACGGUGGAUGGGUUACUCAAAUUGCGACCAAUCCUCAAUAUCCAGAUACCAUUCUAUCUGCAUCCCGAGACAAGAGUCUUAUCUUGUGGAAGCUGACCAGAGACGAAACCAACUACGGUGUGCCCUUCAAGUCUCUGCAUGGGCAUGGACAUUUUGUCAGUGAUGUGGUGCUGUCCUCUGAUGGCCAGUUUGCCCUGUCAUCUUCCUGGGACAAGACUCUCCGUUUGUGGGAUCUUGUUGAGGGCAAGACAACUCGCCGAUUUGUUGGCCAUGAGAAAGACGUUUUGAGCGUUGCCUUCUCUGCCGACAACCGUCAGAUCGUGUCUGCUUCCCGUGACAAGAGCAUCAAGUUGUGGAACACUCUGGGUGUGUGCAAAUACACCGUGCAGGAGGACACUCACAAGGAGUGGGUAUCGUGUGUUCGCUUCUCGCCCAAUGCCUCCAACCCCAUCAUUGUGUCUUGUGGAUGGGACAGAGUUGUCAAGGUUUGGAAUCUGACCAACUGCAAGCUCAAGACCAACCACUAUGGACACACCCAGUUCCUGAACUGUGUUACAGUUUCUCCUGAUGGAUCCCUGUGCGCUUCUGGUGGAAAGGACGGACAGGCCAUGCUCUGGGACUUGAACGAGGGCAAGCACCUGUACACCCUGGACGGCGGUGACGCCAUCAACGCAAUGUGCUUCUCUCCAAACCGCUACUGGCUGUGCGCUGCUACUGGACCCAGCAUCAAGAUCUGGGAUCUGGAAGGCAAGGUGAUUGUGGAUGAGCUGAAGCCCGACGUCAUGGCAGCAGGAGCUGGCCGCGAACCCCCACAGUGCUUGUCUCUGGCUUGGUCAUCCGAUGGACAGACACUGUUUGCUGGCUACAGUGACAAACUGAUCAGAGUCUGGCAGGUGUCUAUGGCUGCAAGAGGAUAAGCUCUGUUGUCACUGCGCUGUGACAUAUGAAGUUAGCCGUGUUUCCUUCCUAAUAUGGAAUAAAUUCUACGUCAGACAAAUCUG